CUCUUUCACGCGGCUAUGAAGGGAUGAAGUAAAGGACCAAACUUGAACAUAAGAAAGACUUGUAUUAAAUGCAAGAAAUAGCACCAGAGGCAGAACCCAGAUGGAUUAAUUGAUCUUAUCCAGCAAAAGAAGAAAGAAAACCAAACUUACAUGGACAAUGAAAAUCCAUGGUAGAUUGAAACCACCCUGCCCAUUCCAGAGGCUUACACACGAAGAGGGAAUUUCGGAUGCUGGCGGCGGCUUCUUUGUGCUUUAUCUCCGACGACGGCAAUACGUGGGAGUUUAGGAAUUGAUUUGAUAUGUUAGAGAUGAUGUUGUUCUGGUUGAAAAGUGGCAAGGGCCCGUUAAAAUAGCCAAAAAUAGAAAACAUAAAAGGCUUGCAGAUGGGAGUAGUGUGGCCAUACUUGAACCAAGACCAAGAGUGGACAAAACAAUUAAGCCCCAUCAAAAUCCAAUUGAAACGUAUAUAUGUAGGUGAGAGGAAGUAAGAGAUAUUUCAGUUUUCGAAUGAAUAAGAUUGAGUAUGACAUUGGGGGCCUCCGAGCGCCUGUCUCCAAUCACACCACCAAUCUAACUACAAUCACACCAUAAACCUAGCUGUUGGCCGGCAUACUGAAUUACAGCAAAAAGUAAAGGGGAGAAGGAAAUAGGGUCGGAUAUGGAGAACAGGGGAACGCAAAAGUGAAUUACGGUAAUUUCUGUAGUAUUGGGAGUAGGAAAUUCACUACUCCACACAACAGUCCAAAACCAAUUAUGUACCUAACCAUUCGACAUUUCAAAGGCAAAAUUUGAUAGCAAGCCGAACUGACGGCCCAAUUACCAGAUUGAAAGAGUACUCCAGAUGUGAACCCUGCUUGUCUUGAUCGAUCUUCGUUGACAGCUACAAUUACAAAAGCGAUUGGUAAUCCGGGUAUUGAUCUCAGUUGCCGCCGUCCGGAUUGAAAGAGCAACAGAACCCUUCUGGCGAAAGAUGUCUGCAUUUGUAAGGUCCAGAACCGUCCAGUGUCAAUGCUCCUCCCUAAAUGGUGUAUUCUUCCAGCGUUGGAUUUUAACGGAUUAUGUACCCUACUUGACCUUGUCUUCCCACUUAACCACAACCUAAAAUCGACUACUGGCGGGGGAGUUUGGGCCCAUAUCCGGGCUGGCCCAUUCGGCCACCUGUAAGGUCCAGUGGAAGGUACUUGUGUUAAACGCACAACUUCACUUAAUUGAUAGUAAAUUGACAGUAUUGCCCCUCCGGGGAACCCUCUAAAGGCUGCAAAUUCAAAUCCCUGAAAAGUUAACCCUUGUUUUGCCUUUAUAUAUUUUGUAGAAAUCCGGUUUGUAUACUUCGUAAUUUUCAAUAAUACCCAAACUACCCCUAUCAUUAAUUAAAUAGCUCUUCCCACUUUUUAACCAUUGUAUUGAAGUGUCCAGAUCUAAUUGCCAGGAGGGGCUUUAGUCAUGGGAUCCGCUCUCUCACAUCCUGUCGUCACCGCUGAACGGUGAUAACGCAAGGAGGCCACAGGCCAACAACAAGAAGAAGCUCAGUUCAGUCAACUCGCUCCCAGCCAAUCCACUGGUCCCUCUCUUAACUGCGUACAGAAGAGACUAACAGACCGGCACCGCUCUCCGUAACGUUGAUAUAAAUACGCACCACCGGCUUUCCCCUCUGCAAUUUGGGCCACAAAACCACAAUUCACCCUCGUCAAACCACAAUCGCCACCAGAGUAGCCAGGCAGACUUCCCAGAGAAAACGAAAGAGACAGUCGGCCAAUGUCUGCCGCCGCCGCUGCGACCGUGCUGGAGAAUCUGCCUCCUUCGUUGGAUUCCACGGCGGAGCAACCUCCUCUCUUCGACGGCACUACCAGGCUGUACACGGCUUAUAUCUGUCCUUAUGCCCAGCGAGUUUGGAUCACCAGGAAUUUCAAGGGAUUGCAAAAUGAGAUAAAGCUAGUCCCCUUGAACCUUCAGGACAGGCCUGCUUGGUAUAAAGAGAAGGUUUAUCCUCCUAAUAAGGUGCCUGCACUUGAACACAAUGGGAAAAUCACUGGGGAGAGUCUCGACUUGGUUAAGUACUUGGAUGCCAACUUUGAGGGACCUUCUAUUACCCCUGAUGAUCCUGCUAAGAAACAGUUUGCUGAUGAGUUGUUGUCGUACAGCGACACAUUUGUUGGAUCGGUAUUCUCUUCGUUCAAGGGAGAUGUGGCAAACGAAGUUGAUCCGGUUUUCGAUUUCUUGGAAAACUCCCUUUCGAGGUUCAAUGAUGGGCCGUUCUUCCUUGGCCAAUUCAGUCUGGUGGACAUUGCCUACAUCCCAUUCAUUGAAAGAUUCCAGGUUUUCUUAUCUGAAGUGCUCAAGUAUGAUAUUACUGAAGGCAGGCCUAAACUUGCAGCUUUGAUUGAGGAGGCGAACAAACUUGAGGCUUACAAGCCAACAAAAGUUGAUCCGAAACAGACUGUUGAGGCCUUCCGCAAGCGUCUCACGGCUCAGUAGCGGUUGCCCUGCAUCUUUACAAGGACGAAGCUUCUCUAGGGACUUUCUGAGAGCCAUUUGCUGUGCUUGGUGAAUAAAAAGCUGCCACUAAGUUGGUUACUGGUGUGUUGCUAGAAAUGUGCAGUGAGUAAAUGUACACUUGUAUUGUUCAUAUGCUGUAAGAAGGUGGCUGUAUAAUUAUUAACCGUGAAUGAAUUCUUGGAUUUCAUGUCACCUGAAGUUUGGUUGGAGUGGUACUGCCGGGUAUACCGAACUUAUUCCAUAAAGUAGUGUUCUAGGGUGCUCAUUGUGAUGUCUCCUUGCUUCAUUAAUUGAUUUCAUCCUCACAUAUCACAAACGAUGGAUAACUCUAAAUUAUUAAAAAAUCUUGAGGAUUAUUUUUUUUAUGAAUCGGGUUGUUCUCAUUCCAUUAAAAAAGGAGUACUAGCAACAUCCUUGCUAGUUAGGAUUGAUCAAGUUCAUAAAAUUCUAUACAAAUGAAUCAAAGACUUGACUACCAAAAAGCACGACUACCUCCUCUCUAACAAUCUUGCACAAAACUGCUCUAUCCCUGCACACUCCUGUAAAAACUCUACUACACCUCUCUCGCCAAAUCAAACUUACAAGGCUCUGCCACAAAGCCUUCCCAGCUUGAGAAUCAACAGAUUUAGAACCAAAUUUCUGUUUCACCCAGCAAAUCUCGCUACUCAAAGAAGAAGAGACAACAGACCUGCUACCAUACAGCUCACCCUUCAGGCUCCUGUAUAACCCACAUUCAGCAAACAAAUGGUCAAUUGUUUCAAGCUGACAAUUACAAAAAACACAUCCCAGGCUACCUGAAUAACCCCAUUUUGACAUCUUCUCCUUUGUUGAAACUGCUUUGCUUAGAAUAAGCCAUGUUAUGAAUCUGUUUCUAGGUAUUGAACUCCCCUGCCAUAGCAGAUUAAACCAAUCCACUUCCUGCCUUCUAGGUCUUAGAGUAUUCCAAAUUCGCUUUAUAGAGAAUUUUUCCAUUCUUUCCUGAUCCCAAAAAACCUGUUGGCCCUGCUGAUGAAAAUGACCUCGCACUUUGUGCCUCACUUUCAGGAUUCUCUUCCAGUUCCAUGAGCCAGAAAUACCACCAUACUCCCAUAAAUCCUGGCCUUUCAGCUUGUACAAGCAAAUCCAAGCCACCCAUAAAGAACCAUGCUUCAUUAGGAGGAGCCAUAUAUACCUUGUGAUACAUGCAGUAUUCCAAGUAGUAAGAUCCCUUAACCCUAAUCCCCCCUCCUUCUUUGGAAAGGUAAGGUUCUUCCACCCUAUUUUUGCUUUUACCCUACCAUUCUGACCCACCCCCCAAAGAAAAUUACUACAUAUAAUUUCCACUUCUUUUAUCACUGCUUUAGGGAGGAGGAAAACAGCCAUCCAAUAUUGAUGGAGACUGUACAGAACUGAACUGACCAAUUCAGCUCUACCAGCAUAUGAAAGGAAUCUGGAUUUCCAGCUACUAAUACGAGCUACUAUCUUAUCAAUAAGAGGUUUGCAAGCUGAUACUGUGAGUUUCCCUGAAGACAAGGGGACCCCGAGAUACCUCACAGGGAAUCUUGAGGAUUAUUGGUAGUUUGGAUUAAGUAUUUUUUUAAAAAUGUUAUUUGGAGUCAAUUAUUACACAAAUAUCAUAUAUGUAAUUCUUGUUAUUUGAUAUAUGAUAUUUGUAUGGAAUAUCACGUUUAGGUAGAAACAUGGCUAACUUAUGCCAUUAGGGACAUUUGGGGAUUUUUCCAGAAAUAGCACUGUUUUAAAAAAAAUUCCUAAAAUAGCAUCUAAGUCCGAAAAAUUCCAAAAAUAGCACCCUUUUCCAAAAACCGCUCCUUACCAGUGCGGUUUAGGCGAAAACCGCCACCCAUGGGCGCGUUUUUCGAUGAAAACCGCACCCCACCAUGCGAUUUGGUUGCAGAUCGCACCCCCAGGGUGCGAUCUGUUUUUUUUUUUUUUUUUUUUUGAAAAAUCCUAACCUAGGUGGAAACUUCAAACGGACGUAUCUUUGUGUUCGGGUAUCCAAUCGUCGCAAAUUUUUUUUUGAUUCCGCAUAACUUUUUGAGAUCUAGCAAGCCAAAGGUGGUUUGGUCCCUCCUUCAUCCAAAAAAAUGUCGUUUGCUACCCCGAACGAGCUUUUUUCCGAUUUCGUCAAACUUUGGACAACCAUAACUUUGUGCUCCAAAAUCCAAACAACAUGAAUUUUUUUUUUCCGCAUAACUUUUUAAGGACUACAACUUUUAUCAUAGACACAAUUUCAAAAUGUACGUGGAUUGCUGAGAAGGGAAGGUAAGUUAUUCCCAAAAUCCUGUAUAUCCAAAAAUAAUUCCUAUUUUGAAAAUUCAUUCUAGUAAAAAUUGUAGUCCUUAAAAAGUUAUGUGAAAUAAAAAAAAAUUCAUGUUGUUUGGAUUUUGGAGCACAAAGUUAUGGUUGUCCAAAGUUUGACGAAAUCGGAAAAAAGCUCGUUCGGGGUAGCAAACGACAUUUUUUAGGACGAAGGCAGGAUCAAACCACCUUCGGCUUGCAAGAUCUCAAAAAGUUAUGCGGAAUCAAAAAAAAUUUCGCGACGAUCGGAUACCCGAACACAAAGAUACGUCCGUUUGAAGUUUCCACCUAGGUUAGGAUUUUUCAAAAAAAAAAAAAAAGCAGAUCGCACCCUGGGGGUGCGAUCUGCAACCAAAUCGCACCCUGGGGGUGCGGUUUUCAUCAAAAAACGCGCCCCUGGGUGGCGGUUUUCGCUUAAACCGCACUGGUAGGGAGCGAUUUUUCAAAAAGGGUGCUAUUUUUGGAAUUUUUCGGAGUUGGUUGCUAUUUUUGGAAUUUUUUUUUCUAAACAGUGCUAUUUCUGGAAAAAUCCCGGACAUUUGGCCCUUUUUAUUUAUUUAUGCGAGUGUUAUUUUUGUUAGUAUGGUAGAAACUAUUCAAGGAAGAGAACUUCUCGUUUAUCAGAUUAAGACUUGUUGAUUCGUUACUAAAUAUGUUUCCAAUCAGUGUUAUCAAAACAAGUCCGACCUGUCCGACCUGGCAGGUCAAAUUGCGACUAACGGGCUCUGGCCACUCAUCAGGUUCUGACUCCCUCUAAAUGAUAAGUAAAUUGGCCGAUCGGAUAUUAAUCGGUUCAUCCGACUAACUGGUAGAAUUGCCUAACUCGAAUCGGCGGUUUUGAGAUUAAUACUUACCUUUUUCUUAUAGAAAAUUAUUACUUACCUUUUCUCCCUUGAAAGAUAUAAAAUUGAAAAGGUAAAAAUGAAUGUUUCUUUUCCUUUGUCCACUUUAUUUUUUCUUUUUUUACCACUCAAUCACGUUCCCUCUUUUCUUGUUCAGAUCAUUACUUUAAUUACUUUCGCUUUCUUCCAAUUCCUUCCUUCAAUUUUUCAAUUGACCAACUUCACAGGUCAAACUCCAAAAAGGCAAAAAUCCAUUACUUAUUACAACUUUGAUUAACAUUAUAAUAUUGAAUUCUUCAAUUGAAUAUAUAUAAAUAAGAUAUAGAAUUCUCAAUGUAAAAACUAGUCUUAAUUUUAGACAUACCACGAAAUUAUGAUAAUUUUAUUUGAAAAUUUUAUUUGCCAUCAAUUUUAUAUCGAUUAAUCACCGAUCGUCUGAUAAAUUUUAAACCUCUCACUAACCCGAAUUGCUAUCUAGUCCGACCAAUAAUGUUUCCAACGAAUACACGCUCGUUUGGAGAAUUGGAGUCUAAAUCUCUAGAUUCUAGACAAUCCAAAGAUUUUAACUCUCUGAAUUGUUGAAAAAAGAUUUGAAAAUGUUCAUUAUUUGGUAACUAUGAUUGUUAACAUCCAAUGAAAAAAGAAAUUCUAUUUUUUUUAAUCACAUAACAUGUUUAUCCUUAACCAAAAUAAUUAGAUUGACUCGAAAAAUAUUGAGAAUUUAUUGGUAAGGGUAUUUAAUGGGAUAAAUGAAACAAAACAAGAGAUAUAAUAGGAGGGAGAAAAUCUCCAAAAUCAAGAUGUAGAAUCUCU